GGGCGGAGCGCGCGGCCGGCGGGGCGCUCAGGGGUUGCGGCUGCUCGGCGCCGCUGGAUGGGCAGAAGCGCUUCGGCCGCUCGGGGGUCACUGACUGUGGCAUCGUGACAGCCGCCGGCGGAGAUGGCGAAGGCCGAGAUCCCCGCGGCAGCCCCGCGGCUCUUCACGUGGGACGAGAUCCAGCUGCGAUCGGGCAGGGCGCCGGAGCGGUGGCUGGUGAUCGACAGGAAAGUCUACGACAUCAGCCAGUUCCACAAGCGGCACCCAGGGGGCUCCCGCGUGAUCAGCCACUAUGCGGGGCAGGACGCCACGGAUCCCUUCACAGCAUUCCACCUGGACAAGAUUCUAGUAAGAAAGUACAUGAAGCCCUUGCUCAUUGGGGAGCUUGCAGCAGAUCAGCCCAGCUUUGAACCCAGCAAAAAUAAACUGCAUGUAGAUGAUUUUCGUGAGCUCCGUGCUACCGUUGAGAAGAUGGGACUUCUGGAUCCCAACCGCCUCUUUUUCUUCCUGUACCUCAUGCACAUCUUGCUGCUGGAUGUGGCAGCUUGGCUCAACCUCUGGUACUUUGGACCAUCCUUGGUGCCUUUCCUCUUCUCUGGAUUGCUGCUUGGCACUGUACAGGCACAAGCUGGCUGGCUGCAGCAUGAUUUGGGACACCUUUCGGUCUUUGGCAAAUCUAAGUGGAACCACUGGGUUCACAAAUUUGUGAUUGGACACCUGAAGGGGGCACCAGCUAGCUGGUGGAAUCACUGGCAUUUCCAGCACCAUGCUAAACCUAACUGUUUCCGCAAGGACCCUGAUCUCAAUAUGCAUCCUUUGCUUUUUGCACUGGGAAAGAAACUCUCUGUAGAGCUUGGUGUAAAGAAAAAGAAGUACAUGCCUUAUAAUCACCAGCAUAAAUACUUCUUUAUCCUUGGACCACCAGCUCUGGUGCCUUUCUACCUGCAGUGGUACAUCUUCUACUUUGUUGUCCAGCGCAAACAAUGGGCGGAUCUGGCCUGGAUGGUGACUUUCUACAUCCGUUUCUUUUUGACUUACUCAUACCUACUGGAACUGAAGGGUCUCCUUGGUCUCUUCUUUCUACUCAGAUUUAUAGAGAGUCACUGGUUUGUCUGGGUGACACAAAUGAACCACAUCCCAAUGAACAUUGAUUAUGACAAGAAUGUUGACUGGCUUUCAACCCAGCUCCAGGCAACAUGCAACGUAGACCAGUCCCUGUUCAACGACUGGUUCAGUGGGCACCUCAACUUCCAAAUUGAGCACCACCUUUUCCCCACCAUGCCUCGACACAACUUCCACAAGGUGACCCCCUUGGUGAAGUCCCUAUGCGCAAAGCACGGCAUCGAGUACCAGUCCAAGCCUCUGCUCACAGCCUUUGCAGACAUUGUACAUUCUCUGAAGGAUUCAGGAGAGCUCUGGCUCGAUGCGUACUUGCAUCAGUAAGAAGCAGCUGGCAUCUCUCACCCUUGCUGCCUCCUGCCAUUGGCAUCUUGAAGAGCGCAGAGGCCUGGCUUAAUCAACUGGCUGAGCUGGCAGCUGGCUGAGCUGAAUGCUGGGACUGAGUAUGAUGUUUCAAGAAGUCUUGUUCCUUCCUCUUCCCUCAUGCACCUCACUCUCCUCCUUUCUGCUCUUGAAGAUACUGCAACCUUUCCAGAUGUGCACGUUCACCAGGGAGAACUCUUCAGGACCAGGAAACGAUGCUCAUUUCUUUGCCGCCAUUUCACUUGCUUUGUAUGUAGAAGGGAAAUCUUACGUAGGGAUCUCUUAAGGCUUCUGUCGCCCUGGGGUUGAGCUUGCCUGGCUCCCUCCUAGAGUAAACAAGGACCGAGGAUGUGGAUGUAGUCUGAUGAGCGAGGUGGAGAGGAGAAGGCCUAGGGAAGGAGAAGAAAAUGCAGGAUCUGAGGAGCUGUUGGGAGAAAGAUUAGGACACGAAAGCUUGAAGUUGGGAAAUGAGGCAUAGCCAGGAUUAGAGAAGACAACAGAUGCCAAACUGCUGUGCAGGUGAUUGUGAGAAGAGAGCAGCCAAAUACUGAUACAGGCACACAUUCCAGGGCCAGGCUAGAGAGUGGCCAGCCUAUCUUAACUACAGAAAGCAGUCUGGGCUAGGCUUUCUGAGCUCAGGAGUCCAAGACAUUCCUGGGUGUACUUUUCACAAAGACAAAAAAGUGCCUUAAUUACAGCCAUGGCACUACGACCACUCCACAGGGCCAUAUUUUGAAAGGGGGAUAAUGAAUGUCUGGUCUGGCUAUUGCUCAAACUUCCAGAGGCAAAUUGGGAGUACGAAGACGCCCAAGUCUCUCAGCUUAGCUACUGAUAUGCCUCAAGAACAAAUAGUAUAUACUUUCACACAACUGGAACUGCACUCUUUCUGUAUUGCUCAGUUGCUAAGGGCUGUUUCUAGAUCACAUACCUGAUUACACUAAUUCUGUUCCACAAACAGGACUAAACCUCUGGGGUGUUUGCUGCUACAACAGAGGGGGUGACAGCAACUAAAGCACAAGUCCAGAGCAGGCAUUCUCAAAGUUGUCAUAGUCUUUCCUUGUCUCUAAAUCAGCCUUUCUCAACCUGUGGGUCCCCAGAUGUUGUUGAACUGCAACUCCCAUCACCCCUAGCUAGCAAGACCAGAGCUCAGGGAUGAUGGGAGUUGUAGUCCAACAACAUCUGGGGACCCACAGGUUGAGAACCGCUGCAAUUGAGAAUGAGGGGAAGAAGGGUUUGAAUUUUCUCAUGCUUAUUUCACCUGGUGUCUGAUUAGAGUUUGGAUUUGAUAUCCCGCUUUAUCACUACCCGAAGGAGUCUCAAAGCAAGCUAACAUUCUCCUUUCCCUUCCUCCCCCACAACAAACACUCUGUGAGGUGAGCGGGGCUGAGAGACUUCAGAGAAGUGUGACUGGCCCAAGGUCACCCAGCAGCUGCAUGUGGAGGAGCGGAGAUGCGAACCCGGUUCACCAGAUUACGAGUCUACUGCUCUUAACCACUAUACCACACUGGCUCUCUUAGUUGUACAAUUAGUUUUUAUGGGGGAAAAGUCACCAUGAGGUGUCUGUAAUUCCUUCAUGGCUUCUUAUUCACACAGAUGUCUUCCCUUAUGGUGAAACUGGGAAGCAUAGCCUUGGGGCAUUUUGGCUACUGAAAACAAAUGGCAGUUCAUGGUGACAUUGGUCCCCCCCCAGACAAUUCGAGUGUUAUCAACUUUGUCUAACAGCUAAGAGAUGCAUCUGCUGGAUCAUUCUGUACUUCCUGUUCCAAAGGCAGAUAGUAGGAAGGUUGAGACCCAAGUUGCUGCCUUCGGCUUCUCCAGGAGGAAGAGCGGGAUAUAAAUAGAAUAAAUAAAAAUAAUAAGAAAUAAUAAAGUGAGACUUUGAUUCUCCGAAGGAGAGACCAUAUGGAAAUGUAUCUCCCCACAAAAUGGGUUUUGCCAUGCAGUUCAAUGAUUGGGUUUACACAGUGCUAUUUUUCUAGAAAAAGAGGUGCCAGAACUCACCAUGACCGCCUCCCUUGUUCUCUUAUAAUGGCAAUGGCAGCCACCUUAGAGGUGCCAGAACUGAGUUCCAGUGAGUUCUGGCUGGAAAAAAAAGCCCUGGGUUUAUAUGCAUAGCAGGGAUUAGGAUAGAGGGACCUAAGCUGAGAAGUAGACCAGAAAUCCAUUCAUAAUGAAAAUCUGUUAGAAUGGAGUUGCCAAACCUCCCAGUGACUGGGCAUUAGCUUUCCAUAUGAAUGCCUGGUGCUUUGAGACAAGACCCAUAGCUCUAGAGAGGAGUUGUCACUCACUGAUAAACUUUAAAGCAUUAACAUUCCAGCCCAGAGGGAAGGGUGAUGCAGCCUUCAAAACAAGCCAGUAUAUCACCUCUGAUUCUUUCUUGUAUAAUGUGCCUCUUAGGAAUGCUUUUGGAGAAAAAGCAUGCUGCCUUGGAUUGCCACCAUAGCCUUAUGUUGCCAUUUGAUAGAAACACGAAAAAGCACAUCUGUCGAAUUAGACAUGUGGGUUUGCUCCUGGCAUUAUGUUCCUUUGAAAAUGAAGCCCUAACAUUGAAGCAUCUUUCUUUUCUCAACCUCUAGUCUUUCCUUCCGUGAGUUGAUGCCAACCUUUCUUCUUCCAAUCUUCACUAUCUGCUGAUUUUAUAUAAGCAGCAUGUGAUUCCUUCCUUCCUUCCUUCCUUCCUUCCUUCCUUCCUUCCUUCCUUCCUUCCUUCCUUCCAGUAAACCUUUCCUGAUUGCACAUGUUGCCGUCUGCCAAAAACUGCCAAUGACACCAAACUAGAUGUGGUGGUGGAGAACCAGGACUGGAUCAUCAGUUUCUUAAAAUUUUGACAAAUAGGAGCUGCAGGUGUUUGUGUCCAAAAUCUAAAUGGGGGUCCACCCUUGACUCCAGUUGCUAUUUGCCAUUAGGGAAAAAGUAAAUGUGCACAGGCUGCAUCCAUAAAGGGGCAAUAAAAGCAACUUGAAUGGCUUAAUUCAGUGGGAAAAUAGCACAAGUAUUAACUUUUCAGGUAGUUGGCUGCUAUUUGUCAGUUUUUAAGAGGCAUAUCUCUGCUGCCUUGUCUAGUUUGGCCCUGCUUAUUAUAGAAGUGCCCUUUGCUGGGUUGUGGCAUAGGAUAAAAAACACCACUACCCCUGCGCUUAUUAUUAAGAGAGGAUGGAAAGGCUGGAGGCAGAGGAGUGUUUGGCUCCCCCAUGGAUGAAAACUCUGGACAUACAGUAUUCUCUUGCGUGUGAAUUUUUUGAUGGGGAUAACCAUACUGUAAAAAAAACACAAAGAAACCAUAAUGUGAGUGUUGAAUAAAUAACAGUAGGUGAAGCAAACUGUGUGUGCAUCUUUUUAUCUUUUCCACCAUUCUGUUAAUUUUCCUUCUUCUCUUGCUUCAUACCAUACACCCUGCUCCCCAACAAACACAUAUGUUCAUUGAGUGUGUGAGGAGGUAGGGCGAUUGUGUCCAUGGCCAUGAUCCUUUGGCAGACAUACAUGCAUCACUAGCAAGAAAGGGCUCCUUUCUGUGGAUGGUUUUGCCACCAGUCCUUCUGACCUGAGCAGGCUCUCUGAGAAGUUUGGAAAGCAGUAUUUUCUGAUGUUCACAUUUGGAAUGGCAUGAUACCAUGGGCGGAACUGGAAUUCAACAUAUCAUUAAGUGAGGUAUGCACACGGGGAACAAGGUCUGCUGAUGCAAUGGGACUUCCCCCUUCUACCCCUGUGCACUCCUUGAAAUUGUUCUGUGGUCCCCCCCCAACUACCUAGAGCAGAUUUAGGGGGUGUGGGGGCACACAUGGGGGGAAGAGAGAGAGGAAAGCCCUAUUGUAUGAGCUGACCUUAUUGCACGCAUGCAGCAACUUAGUUGAAUCCCAUCCCACUCAAAUUUCAUGUGGGUUUGAAGCUGCUUGUGCCUUUGUUUGUUUGUUUGUUUGUUGAGGUGUUCACACAACACCCUCCUCAACUUAGUGGCAGCCUGCAGUUUCCCUCCGCUAAAUUUUGAUUUUCCCAAUUGUAGGAUAAUCUGAUAAAGGAAUAAAAUCUAAUAUAAAAUUGCAUGUCACCUGACUGGACACACUGAAGUGCAUUGCAUGGGUGUGUUUUCCUAAUAAAUACGUGUCCAAAAAGA